UGCCUAUAUUUCUGAAAUUUAAAGUUCAAAUAUUAAUGUUUCCUUCUUCAGUUCAAUCAAACCGAGACGCCUGCAAGAUUCCUCAUGUCACUGCUACGCUCUUUCAAAGAAGCACUGAAACCCUGCAGUAAAAAACCUUCCUUUUCAUCAUCGUUUUCACAAUCCUCGUUAUCCCAAGAAGAGCCUGAACCAACCGUAAUAAACCAGAGGAAACCCCCCAAAUCCUCGCUUUCACGGCAGCUUCAACGCCUCGAACACGACUAUUUCCCUUCAACGCAGGAAUCCCAUUACAAAAACCCUAAAUUCCCAUUGACCCAAGUCAAAAACAAUGGUCAUAAUCAAGAAGAAGAAGAGGCUGAGGAGGAAGUUGUCAAAGAAUUUGGGAGACCCGAAUUAGGUCGGGUUCAGUUUGAGGAUACGGGUCCUUAUGAGCCGUUGGCAUUGUCUUCCGAUGGUGAAUUCCCAAUUAUACAGGUGCCUGCAUAUAUUAACUGCAGGUUGCUUGCCCAUCAAAGAGAGGGAAUCAAGUUUUUAUACAGGCUGUACAAAAACAACCAUGGGGGCAUUCUUGGUGACGACAUGGGACUUGGCAAGACAAUCCAGACAAUCGCAUUUCUCGCUGCUGUAUAUGGAAAAGAUGAGGAAUAUGGCGACUCCAGACCAGUAAAGGAAAACCAGGUUGAACAAAAAGGACCUGUAUUAAUAAUCUGUCCCACUUCUGUCAUCCAUAAUUGGGAGUGUGAAUUCUCCAAAUGGGCACCCUUUAAUGUUUCUAUUUACCAUGGGUCAAGCCGCGAAUUAAUUCUUGAGAAGCUACAAGCCAAUGGAGUUGAAGUUCUGGUUACUAGUUUUGACACGUUCAGAAUUCAUGGCAAUCUUUUGUCAGAGAUCAAUUGGGAGAUUGUGAUUGUUGAUGAAGCACACCGCCUAAAAAAUGAAAAAUCAAAACUUUAUAUAGCAUGUUUAGAGAUUAAGACUUGCAGACGAAUUGGUCUUACAGGAACCAUCAUGCAGAACAAAAUUAUGGAACUCUUUAACCUCUUUGACUGGGUUGCUCCUGGAUCCUUGGGAACAAGGGAACAUUUUCGGGAGUUUUAUGAUGAACCCCUCAAACAUGGCCAGAGGUCAACUGCUCCUGAAAGAUUUGUUCGGGUAGCUGAUGAGCGUAAACAGCACCUGGCAGCAGUACUCCAUAAAUAUAUGCUACGAAGGACGAAAGAGGAGACUAUUGGACAACAUAUGUUGGGAAAGGAAGAUAAUGUUGUAUUUUGUGCCAUGAGCCAAUUGCAAAAACGGGUGUAUCAGAGAAUGUUGCAGCUGCCAGACAUCCAAUGUCUUGUAAACAAGGACCUGCCCUGUAGUUGUGGAAGCCCACUUAAACAAGGGGAAUGUUGUAAGAGGACUGUGCCUGAUGGAAUUAUAUGGCCUUACCUUCAUAGGGACAUCCCAGAGGGUUGUGAUUCAUGCCCUUUCUGCCUUGUCCUUCCCUGCCUUGUCAAGCUGCAACAGAUUAGCAAUCACUUGGAGCUUAUUAAGCCUAAUCCAAGGGAUGAACCGGAAAAACAAAGAAAAGAUGCAGAAUUUGCCUCUGCAGUCUUUGGUCCAGAUAUUGAUAUGGUGAGAGGGAAUGGCCCAAGUAAGAGCUUUAUGGAUUUAAGUGAUACUAGAUAUUGUGGCAAGAUGAGGGCCUUGGAAAAUUUAAUGUCCUCAUGGGCUUUGAUGGGUGACAAAAUCCUUCUUUUUAGCUACUCUGUCAGGAUGCUCGAUAUAUUGGAAAAGUUUCUUAUACGAAAAGGCUUUUGCUUUUCAAGACUUGAUGGAUCUACUCCAACUAACAUGCGCCAGUCUCUUGUUGAUGAGUUUAACUCAUGUCCAAGCAAACAAGUGUUCCUUAUAUCAACCCGAGCUGGUGGGCUUGGAUUGAAUCUUGUAAGUGCUAAUCGCGUGGUUAUAUUUGAUCCAAAUUGGAACCCUGCCCAAGAUUUACAGGCCCAGGACAGAUCAUUUCGUUUUGGACAGAGGCGGCAUGUUGUAGUUUUCCGCCUUCUUGCAGCUGGUUCCCUUGAGGAACUUGUAUAUUCACGUCAGGUGUAUAAGCAGCAGCUAUCAAACAUUGCCGUCUCUGGAAAAAUGGAAAAAAGAUACUUUGAAGGUGUGCAGGACUGUAAGGAAUUUCAAGGCGAGCUUUUUGGAAUCUGCAAUCUGUUUCGUGAUCUUUCAGAUAAAGUUUUCACUAGUGAAAUUCUUGAAUUACAUGAAAAGCAAUGGGAGCACCAUACCGAUAAGCAUGAAUCGAUCAAUCUAGGGGUCCUUCCAACUCCAUUGGAAGGAAGUGAAACAUUGUCAUCAGUGUCCAAGAAUUUGCAUCCUAGGACCAUAGAGAGUGCUGCUGCUGGUAAACCAGUCCUUGAAGACUUGGGUAUCUUGUAUGCCCAUCGUAACGAAGAUAUUGUCAACAAUAGACCUGGGAUACACCAGAAAAUAGUACUCAUUACUAAUGACAAUAACCCGAGAAUAGAUGCAAAUGCUUCACGGAAACGGAAAACAUAUGGGGAGGAAAAAGCUGCCUCAAGUAGAGGCAAGAAAAAGAUUCAAUACGGUGGCCUGGCGCAGAUCAAGGGCAUGAGACUGGUUGAGUUCAGUAAGUGGGUACUCUCUGCUACAGCUUCGGAGAGGGAGAGUUUGCUUCAGGACUACAAAAGAAGAAAAAAAGAGACAUCAAAUGGUUGAAACAGAGUGUUGGCAAGCACAAUCAUGAACUUGUAAAUAAACAGAUUUGGUGAUAUCUAACAUAAGUUUAGGACUGAAUCUCAAACCUUGCAUUGUCUUUGUACCAAAAUAAACAAGUUUUCACUUUUCACAAUGUACAAUACAAAUUGACUGUAGGGCGUUGCUCAGAUGGAGAGGCACAAGAAUUUAUAUGUGUACUUUUUGAAUACUUUCCCAUGUAAUAUUUAACAUCAUUUGUUCC